UUUAGUUAUAAAUAAUUAUCACAAUGAAUGAGGCAAUUUUUCACUCGAUUAGUAUAAGUGCAUUGAUAAGGAUUGAUAAAGUCCUGGAAAAUAACGCCAAGUUUACGCAAUUAUAUUGAAAUAUAGAAAGACAAAUAUGUUAUUCAGAAGAAUAAUCAAGCAAUCAAUUGUUGUCAUCAACCAAACAAGAUGAUGACUACGUAACAUGAAUCUCAUGAAUACACGUGUAAAUUUUGUACAUUAAAAAUAUAAAGUGGUCAAAAAUGAAAGGCAAGAGGAAUUUUACAUGAAACAAACAAUGGAAUAAUUGAAAUUAUCUUAAUUGACAUGUUAUUAAUACAAAAAUGGGAAAUGUAUGUUCAUCACGUUUCUCUUAAGUCACGUUUUAAUCACGUUUGCUUUUGAUACCCUCAAACGCGACUUAUUUGUCAUAUAGCUUGAUAUGGAAGGUCAUUUGAUUGACCCCAAAAAUGAAGAAACUUCGAUAAAUGAGCAUUAUCCGAUUUUGAAAUCUUUCUUGGCAGGCUCAUUUUCAGGAACUUUUUCGACAAUUUUAUUUCAACCUUUGGAUCUUGUCAAAACCAGAUUACAAAAUACUGUUAACAACCAUGUUAGUGCUCCUCGUAAUGCUAUGCUCUCAACAGUUGUUAAUAUUGUUCAAAAAGAAAAUAUUUUUGGAUUAUGGAGGGGAAUGACUCCGUCCAUAACUCGAGUGAUUCCUGGAGUCGGUUUAUAUUUUUCUACACUUCACUGGCUGAAGCACACAGUCUGUCCAGACGAGUCUCUCACACCCCUUCAGGCAGUUUCUUUAGGGAUAGCAGCUCGCACACUAUCAGGAUCUUUAUUGAUUCCAAUUACUGUGAUUAAAACUCGAUUCGAAAGUGGAGUUUAUAAAUAUCAAAGUAUGGGAGAAGCUCUAAGACUUAUUUACAAAUAUGAAGGAGUUAGAGGACUUUCAAGUGGUCUAGUUCCAACUUUAUUGCGAGAUGCUCCGUACAGUGGCCUUUACCUUAUGUUUUAUACUCAAUUAAAAACUAUUUCUGAUAGAAGUUGCGAUGGUAAACAAUACAUAGUGAUGCAUUUUGGCUGUGGUAUUACUGCUGGAAUUUUAGCAUCAAUUGUAACUCAUCCAGCUGAUGUAGUUAAAACAAAAAUGCAACUCUAUUCACAUGAAUUUAAUAGUUUACACAACGGAGUUGUUUUUAUAUAUAAAAAAUACGGGUACAAAGGCUUUUUUAAAGGAAUGGUGCCAAGAAUGUUGAGAAGAACUCUAAUGACAGCAAUGGCAUGGACUGUUUACGAACAGGUGACAAAAGCUUUGGGUUUAAAGUAAAAAAUACAACAAAACUCAUUAAUAUUCAAAUUCCAGUAUUAAAAGCGCACAAGGCUGUAAAAAACUCGAUAUUUUAUCGUUGUGUAUUAUUAAGUGAUUAAUUAUUUACUAAGCACAUAAGUAAUUGUCGUUUGGAACAUAAUUCAAAGAUGUAUAUAUAUUUAUAUCUAUAUAUUUGA